CCCUGUUGUUUCCGACAUUUGACGCGCUUGAUCACGCACAUGUGACCGUAAUGCGACGACAUUUCCAAUACACGCUUCUUUCACCUUUACCACCAUCUCUCAAUCUCUCAUGGCGUCGCCCGUUGUUCCUACCGAUGAGCAAGUUCUCUCCGAGAUCAAGACCUUCACUUCUCCUCUUGGACGCCUGAAAAUGCUGAACGCCAUGCGUAGCAAAAACAACUGGUCUAUCAGAGGCGCGCCUCAAACGACUCUUGGCUGAGGCGAACGACAGUGCCACUCCCGCUCAUCAAGAUUCUUUCGAGCCUGAUGAUGUAGUUUCUCUGUUAACUGCCUAUUGCAAUGCAGUGUCUGCUCCUCUUACUCUGGACCUGCCGACGGGUCCUAAUGCCACUUAUGAACCCGAAGAACGGAGCGACCUUCCACCCCCAACUCUUCCAGCUAAUCCCUUGGCUGCUUAGCUCCGAUUCCACAAAGAGAGUACCCGUUUCUUCAUUCUUUAUGGCCGUGGAGAGUAUGACUAUGCCGUCACUCCGAAUUCUACCAUCGGGAUCAUCCUUUCGGUACGCGGUUGUUUAUGUUCUCAAUAACAAAUCUCCAUGCCUGAAAGGGAUUUAUCAGAUCUUCCGAGGUCGCCUUUUGGACUUUCUCAAAGGAAAACGAAUGCCUUUGUCCAUGGAUCAGCAAAGAGCUCUAAACGAAAAUGGGGACGUGCAGACUAUUUUCGAAUAUUACGAAGCUGCUGGGAAAAAAGCCGGAAUACCUGCUAGCGAUGUUGGAAGACAAUUUGAAGCCGAGUAUGGUUUCAACCCACUUCGCUGGCGUACGAAGGAACAAAAUGAUCCAGCUUGGAGAAAAGCAUAAGAUGAAAAAAAGGAGGCGAUACACAAGAAAAAUAUGAUACCGGUGAUAAAGGCUAUGAGCCAGAGUCUGCCUCGAGGGAUGAUUCCUGUGGGUAAGGGUGGUAAUCCGGUCUACGAUCCGAAAGUCAACGGCCGCUUCGCUUUGAUCAUCACGCAAGUUAGCAAGGCCACGGGGGUGGAGUGUGGGGAUUUGCCACUGAAUUGAGGGAGGAAGUACGUUACCACUACCAUUUUUUAUUUGAGCAGGAUUUCUGAGGCAUGAACUGGCCCCUGUACUAAUCUGUUUUGUAGCAGUUAUUUUUUCCCUGUCUUUCAAAUUUUUAUCUCGUAGUUGAAAAACGUAACUUCAUACUUCCACUGACCAAAUCAUAGAGGCCAACUGCCUUGCUUUCCUUUCUUU